AAAAAUAUUUAGCAAAAUAGGAAGAAAAGAAAGUGCCCAUAUCUUAAGAACACCUAAAUCACAGUAAGAAACUCUCGCCCAAAAGCCCUAACAUGAAAAAAAGUGCCCCUAAAUGAUCUUUGGUUGUAGGUUGGUAGCCUCAUUUUAGAACUUGCUUCAGCUGUAGCGGCAGAGAAGGGUCUAGUGUUUGAAUUUUACCUGAUGGGGGGAGAGGUCUAACUGAUAGUGUACCCCAAGAAUCCUCAUUCUCCCUCUCACUUCCUUGUUCCUACUGAGCUUAGUUUUAAAUUGGAAUUUGGAAGUGAGACAUUAAAUCCCAAAAAUUAUACAGAUCAUGACAUGCAAGGGAGGGUUGGAGCACCAGCAUUCUUGGAAAAUUGGAUAACAAAAGUCACCAAGCCUGUAGCAGCAGGUUCAUGUACAUUUCAAAUUACAUUUGAUUGGGAUGAAAGUAUUGGAAUUCCUGGAGCUUUCAUCGUUAAGAAUUUACACCACAAUGAGUUCUUCCUCAAGACUCUCACACUUGAUGAUGUUCCGGGAAAGGGUCGCAUUCACUUUUUCUGCAACUCAUGGGUUUACCCUGCUGAACGAUACAAGUCCGACCGGAUUUUCUUUGCUAACCAGGCCUAUCUACCAAGUAAUACUCCAGAGCCUCUACAAAAGUACAGGGAAGAAGAGCUUGUGAAUCUGAGAGGAGAUGGCACCGGAGAGCUAAAGGAAUGGGACAGAGUGUAUGAUUAUGCAUGCUAGAAUGAUCUAGGGGACCCUGACAAUGGUCCCAAGCAUGAAAGACCUGUUCUUGGAGGGUCCAAAGAAUAUGCUUACCCUCGCCGGGGAAGAACUGGCCGAAGACCCACAAAGACAGGUUAGGGUUCUGUUGUUA